AUGGCGGCGCACUUGAAACAGCCCGCUGGGGGCGUCGAGGCGCCCGCGGCGGCGGAGGAGCCGCGAGUUCUGGAGCCCGGGGCCGCCCGGUUCGGAAAUUUCCCCCAGUACUCCCGCUUCCACCCUCCCGAGCAGCGGCUCCGCCUCCUGCCCCCGGAGCUGCUUCGACAGCUCUUCCCUCCGGAGAGCCCCGGCGCGAGGCCGAUCCUAGGGCUGGACGUGGGGUGUAAUUCCGGGGAGCUGAGUGUGGCACUGUACAGCCACUUCCUCUCCCUGCGAGACGGGGAGGCCUGCUCAGACGCCGCCGCCGGAGAGCUCCGUCUCCUCUGCUGCGACAUCGACCCAGUCCUGGUAGAACGAGCUGAGAAAACAUGCCCUUUCCCUGACGCCUUGAGCUUUGUUACCUUGGACUUCAUGGAUCAAAGGACCCGGAAGGCUCUCUUGAGCGCUUUCCUAGCCCAGUAUGGACGCUCCGUUUUUGACAUUGGCUUCUGCAUGUCAGUAACCAUGUGGAUUCACCUGCACCAUGGCGACCAGGGCCUGUGGGAGUUCCUGGCCCACUUCUCCUCCCUGUGUCGCUACCUCCUCGUGGAGCCGCAGCCCUGGAAGUGUUACCGCGCAGCCGCCCGGCGUCUCCGGAAGCUGGGCCUCCAUGACUUCGACCACUUCCACUCCCUCGCUAUCCGAGGUGACAUGGCCGAUCAGAUUGUGCAGAUCUUGACCCAGGACCACGGCAUGGAGUUGGUGUGCUGCUUUGGCAACACCAGCUGGGACCGAAGCCUUUUGCUCUUCAAGGCAAAAACAGACCACAGAGACUCAGCUGAUCCCUGAAUCGCUGAUCGAGGAAGGGAAUGGAAGGAGCCAAUUAAGAGUCUGGAGACAGUGAGACAGGAGGAAGGGGAGCCUGGAAAAAAGAGUGGAAGGGUUUUACCUUGAGAAUUACGAUGGUUGAGUUCACUCUCCUUGGCUUGUUAACAGUUAGGCAGCCUCCACGAUCUGGUAGGACCUUUUGGCAAAAUGUCCAAGGCAUGCACUCCUGAGACCUGGUAACCCCUGGUGGGGCAAGGAGCUGGGCUCUCUGGAUUGACAUGAUAGAAGGCCUGGGCUUGGGGGUUAGUUUAAAGACCCCCUUAGAAUGUACCACUUCCCUGGGACCCGGGAAUUUGAGCAGGCCACCCAGCAGAACCUGCUGAUGAUGUCAUCCGGCAUGAAGAGUUGCUAGCCUGCGAAAGGAAGGGAUCAGUAGGAAACGUGUCUUUACAGACUAGUAGGUCAGAUCUCCAAAUUACACCUACUGGCAUUUAAAAGAUGCUUUCAGAUCUAAAUCAUGAACCCAGCAUCCAAGUGGUACAAAGGAAUAAGGUGGGACUAUAUGUAACUGAUGAAAUUGUAUGUAAAAUGUAAUAAAAUGACUUGAGUGUU